AUGUCAAACAGUGAAAGAGUAACAGAAGCCAAAACGCUUUCUGGUUGGAAGCGGCCAGCUUUCGAUGACACCACCUGGGAGUACGCCAUUUUCCAGUUCCGCCCAGUGAAGAUGCUACCAAUACAACGACCAUGGAAGUUGACACAACGGCCUAUUCCGGCACUCCCUGAGAUUCCUGGAAGGUUUGAUGGAGUUGUAAAAUGCGAAGGACCAAUCACCCAUAGCCAGUGGAAUAAUUUUAUCAAAGGAGAAGAGGAGCUGAUCAUUCCAGCUGGAGAGACUGCCAUCGUCGACAUUGAAUGCGCAUCUUUGACUACAGCAUUCGUCAACCUUCAAUGUGGGGAGGGAUUGGGAUCAGUCAUCACAUUAUUGUAUUCGGAGUGCUACGAGAAAGAUCUAGGGAUCGAAACCGCUCCUUUCCCCAUGCCGAGGACCAAACUUCUCAGAUCAGACUCAAACGGCCGGCUAUAUGGAGUAAAAGAUAUCUAUGCCGUGGCCGACGGCCAAGCAGAGCAAACAUUCGAACCAUUCUGGUUCCGAGCAUUCCGAUAUGUGCAAUUACAUGUCAAAACAUCAUCUCAAUCUCUCAAACUCAAAGGAUUUACACUACGGGAGACCUCCUACCCACUCGAUAUUGCCACUGAAAUCCAGGCUGGACCAGAACUCAACAAGAUCUGGGAUGUCAGUUUACGGACUCUUCAGAACUGCCGACAUGAGACAUACGAGGAUUGCCCAUUCUACGAGCAAAACCAAUUUGCAUCUGAUUCUCGACUGCAAAUGCUAUUCACAUAUCAACUAUCAUCGGAUGACCGUCUUGCCAGAAAAACUUUGGAAGAAUUCCACGCCAGUCGGUGCUCCGAUGGGUUAAUCAAGGCGCAAUUCCCGGCCGGAUUCAACAGUAAGCAGAUACCUCAAUUUUCGCUUUACUGGAUUGCAAUGGUAUGGGAUCAUAUGCAAUAUUUUGCAGACAAGGCGAUUGUGCGGCGGUACUUGAGCACCAUCGACGGAAUCCUCAACCACUUCGAUGAGCGCAUCAAUGAACUAGGAUUGGUCGGUCGGCUCGAAGACGACACAUGGCCUUUCAUCGACUGGGUAACUCAAUGGUCGGUCCCAGGGAAGAUCUUCCAAUCGUGCAUGCCUCAAUCAUACACCGCAACAGGCGUAGCAACAUUCAAUAGCCUGCUAUGUAUUGUGGCCCUGGUGCAGGCCGCUGAGCUAUGCGAAUUCAUGGGACGAAAGGAUACCGCCUCUGAAUAUUCCAUUCGAGCACAGGCCCUCCGAGAUGCGGUGAAUACUCAUUGUUUUGCGGACGGCUUUUACCUAGAUGGCCCGUCGACAAGGGAAUACAGCCAGCACAGUCAAGUAUUUGCCAUUCUCUCCGAGACAGUCACCGGCACAGCAGCUCGGGAUCUAAUGGUACGCACAAUGUACAAUACCUCACUGGCACAAUGCUCCAGUGCUUUACAAUUUUACGUGUUCCGAGCUGUGGAAAAGGUCGGUCUUUACACCAAGAUGUUCCCCGCCCUUUUAGACCCAUGGAGACGGAUGCUCGCGGAUGACUUGACAACGUGGGCUGAGUUCGAGGAGAAUCCUCGGAGUGACUGUCAUGGGUGGAGUGCUUGUCCAGUCCACGAAGUCGUUACCCAAUUGUAUGGUGUCAAGCCGGCCAGGCCGGGAUUCAAACGUCUCCGCAUUGAGCCACAGAUGGACCUCCUUGCGACAGGGGAGGGGACGUUUGUUACUCCUGCGGGGAAGAUCAAGUUGAAGUGGACAGAAGAUGGAAACCUGGAAGUGGAGAGUUCUACAGAUGUUGAGGCAGAUGUUGUGCUUAGGGGUUCAGUGUAUAUUGUUCGAUUUGUUGCUGGGAAGACUGUCAAUUUCCUCAAAGAGACGGAGUCUAUGGUGAUAAUUUGA